AGCAGGGAGCGAGCGAUGGUGCGGGCUGGCCGGGGGGAUGGAAGCUGCGUCGCCACCGCUGAGGCGCGGCUGUCCCGCCGCCACCACCACCACCGCCCCCUCUGCCCCCUCCUGCUGCUGCUGCUGCUGUCUUCGCGGCCCGCGGGCUCCGAGAGCCUGAGGGGCCCUAUGGCUAUGGAGGCAGCCCUUCCCGCCACCGGGCCCGGCCUGAGCGUCUACAUGAGCCAGGAGGAGGUGCGACGCCUCAUCGGUAUUGAUGCAGAACUUUAUUACGUGAGGAAUGAUCUUAUCAAUCACUAUGCUUUAUCCUUUAAUCUGCUAGUACCGAUAGAGACAAACAGCCUCCAUUUCAGUUGGCAUGCCAAGGCCAAGAUUGAAUACAAAUUGGGAUUUCAGGUUGAUAAUACACAGGCUAUGGAGAUGCCACAAACAAAUAUUUCUGAACAAGGAGAAGUCCCUCGCACUUUAUCAGUGUUUCGGGUGGAACUCUCUUGCACUGGCAGAUUAGACUCUGAGGUUACGGUACUAAUGCAGCUCAACAUGACAAUAAAUGCUUCCAAAAAUAUCACAGUUUUAAAUUUCAAACGAAGGAAAAUGUGCUAUAAAAAACUUGAAUUAGAAGUAAAACCACCAAUAUCAGACAAAAAUAACAGCAAAGCUAUUUUUGAUCCUGUAAAUGCAGCUCCCACCACUUCUACGCGUGUGUUUUAUAUCAGUGUAGGAGUUUGCUGUGCAGUCAUAUUCCUGGUGGCAAUAAUACUAGCUGUUUUGCAUCUUCACAGUAUGAAGAGAAUAGAGUUGGAAGACAGCAUUAGCGACAGCAGUAGUUCUCAAGGCUUAUCCCAGCCUUCAACUCAAACAACACAGUACUUGAGGGCUGACACACCUAACAAUGCAACGCCAAUUACUAGUUAUCCUACAUUACGGAUAGAGAAGAAUGACCUUAAAAGUGUAACCCUCAUGGAGGCAAAGGCUAAAGUGAAGGACAUAGCAAUCUCCAGAGAGAGAAUAACUCUAAAAGAUGUUCUUCAAGAAGGCACGUUUGGUCGAAUUUUCCAUGGAACUUUAAUAGAAGAGAAAGACCCUAGUAAAGAAAAGCAAAUGUUUGUCAAAACAGUAAAAGAUCAAGCCUCAGAAGUUCAAGUGACAAUGAUGUUGACAGAAAGCUGUAAACUCAGAGGUCUUCAUCACAGAAAUCUGCUCCCUAUCACUCACGUUUGUAUAGAGGAAGGAGAAAAACCUAUGGUGCUCUUGCCUUAUAUGAACUGGGGAAACCUCAAGCUAUUUUUGCGACAGUGCAAACUAGUAGAAGCCAAUAAUCCUCAGGCAAUUUCACAACAAGAUCUUGUACACAUGGCUAUUCAGAUUGCAUGUGGAAUGAGCUACUUAGCCAGAAGGGAGGUCAUUCACAAAGACCUGGCUGCUAGAAACUGUGUCAUUGAUGAUGCACUUCAAGUAAAGAUUACAGACAAUGCCCUGUCCAGAGACUUAUUUCCCAUGGAUUAUCAUUGCCUCGGAGAUAAUGAAAACAGACCAGUGCGGUGGAUGGCUCUUGAAAGCUUGGUUAACAAUGAGUUUUCCGGUGCUAGUGAUGUGUGGUCUUUUGGAGUAACCUUAUGGGAACUGAUGACUUUGGGACAAACUCCAUAUGUAGAUAUCGACCCGUUUGAGAUGGCUGCCUAUCUCAAGGAUGGAUACAGAAUAGCUCAGCCAAUCAACUGCCCCGAUGAAUUAUUUGCUGUGAUGGCUUGUUGCUGGGCACUAGAUCCUGAGGAAAGACCUAAAUUCCAACAGCUUGUGCAGUGCCUCACUGAAUUUCACGCAGCAUUGGGAGCCUAUGUCUGACACCAGGCGCACGGACUCUAUUCUGCUUGGAAAGGGACACUGUUCACAUAACAGUGAAAUGUGUCUAUUUAUACACACUGCAACCUAAAAUUCAUUACCUGGAAGUAAAUCCCACUGAUUUCAGUGGAGUUUCCACAUAAUGUGAUUAGGAUCAGGGAGCAAGCAUGUGAAGCAGCAACACUAGAAGAGGAUUUUUGAAAUCACUGUGCCUUAAAAUAGCCUGGAUUUUGGGGUUGGGUAUUGGUGUAAGUGUAUGUUUUAUUCUACAUAUCACUUACAUAGAAUUGCAAUGGUUUAAUUUCCCAAAUGAAUUCCUAGAAUCUAGGUAUAAUGGACUAGAACAUGAAUUGGAUGAAUUUUGGCACUGUUAAAGAAGAUAUAAACUUAAUCCAGAAAUGUUUGAACUGACAAGUAUGAGGACGCAUGUGUACAAUUCUAAAGUGGCAAAAGUCAUCCCCUUUCUCCCUUUCCCCAGCCAAAAAGACUUGUGUGUGUUGCAGCAUCAAAAUAUUUAAAAUUAUUUGACUGGUUUUGGUGUUCAGGUUUGUAGUUGGAAUAGUCUUUUUUUCCUUCUUUUUUUUUUUUUUUUGGUAUCAGUUUUGCUUUUCUUUUAAGACGACAGCACAAUAUGGUUGGAACCACAAGUGGCCUUUUAUUAUGUUUUAAUCCAGUUCUUCAACACCAGUUCUUGUGUUGGGAUAAAACUUGCUUUCAAAAUGCAUUAUCCCCCUUCUAAGACAUCAAGAAAUUAUGUAAAACUGAUUCCAGUUUAUCUCUAUAAGAGUAAAAUGGAGCCUCAUGUUAAAUGGUUAAUUGCAGACAAGAUGUUCCAAGUGCUAGAACUUCAGAAAAGCGCCAAAGCAUCCCUCAUAUUAGGACCCUUUCAUCUCAGUCUGUAGAAUGCAGCUUUUCUUGAUAAAAAGGUACUGGUUUAUGUGUUUAGGAUUUUUUAUGACCUGAAAAGGAAUAAAAUAUAUAAAUAUAUAUA